GCCUCGGACCGCUCGGGAAGUGUGGUCCUCGGCGGCCUCCGUCCAGGAACGGUGCGGAAGAAGGGCCAAGGACUAGGCACUCCGAACCUGGCUCGCCGUCCUGGCUGGAGAUGGAGUUCGACAGCGAGGGUCUGAGACGACUACUUGGCAAGUACAAAUUCAGGGAUCUAACUAUGGAAGAACUGAAGAAUGUAAAUAUGUUUUUCCCACAUUUCAGAUAUUCCAUGGAUACCUAUGUUUUCAAAGAUAGUUCCCAAAAAGACCUGCUGAAUUUCACUGGCACUAUUCCUGUGAUGCAUCAGGGUAAUACAUAUAACAUACCAAUUCGUUUGUGGAUUCUGGAUUCUCACCCUUUUGCUCCCCCCAUUUGCUUCCUAAAGCCAACUGCAAAUAUGAGAAUUUCAGUUGGAAAACAUGUGGAUGCUCAAGGCAGAAUAUAUUUGCCCUAUCUCCAAAGCUGGAGCCAUCCUAAAUCUGUCAUUGUUGGAUUAAUUAAAGAAAUGAUUGCCAAGUUUCAAGAGGAACUUCCCCUGUAUGCUUUAUCAUCAUCUGACGAGGCACGGCAGGUGGACUUGCUAGCCUAUAUUGCAAAAAUCACUGAAGGUGUCUCAGAUAUAAAUUCAAAGAACUGGGCAAAUUAUGAGAAUAAAACAGUCAAUAAAAUUACUGUGGUUGGAGGUGGAGAACUGGGAAUUGCCUGCACGUUAGCAACUUCAGCAAAGGGCAUUGCAGACAAACUGGUCCUUUUAGACCUCUCAGAAGGGACUAAAGAAGGGAUGAUGGAUCUUGACAUCUUCAGCCUGCCUAAUGUGGAGAUCAGCAAAGAUUUGUCUGCCUCUGCUCAUUCCAAGGUGGUGAUCUUCACAGUCAACUCCUUGGGUAGUUCUCAAUCCUAUCUUGAUGUGGUGCAGAGCAAUGUGGAUAUGUUCAGAGCCCUUGUCCCAGCUCUGGGACAUUACAGUCAACACAGUGUCCUGCUUGUUGCAUCUCAACCAGUGGAAAUCAUGACCUACGUGACAUGGAAACUGAGUGCAUUUCCUGCAAAUCGUGUGAUUGGAAUUGGAUGCGAUCUGGAUUCACAGAGGUUACAGUAUAUCAUUACAAAUGUUUUGAAGGCACAGACUUCAGGCAAAGAAGUAUGGGUUAUUGGUGAGCAGGGAGAAGACAGAGUGCCCACAUGGGGUGGCCAAGAAGAAGUAAUGAGUCAUAACUCUCAGGUACAGCUGUCCAACAGAGCCAUGGAACUGUUAAGGGUAAAAAGUCAAAGAUCCUGGUCUGUCGGACUAUCAGUAGCUGACCUGGUUGACAGCAUUGUGAACAAUAAAAAGAAAGUACAUUCUGUAUCAGUUUUAGCAAAGGGAUAUUAUGGUAUAAAUAGUGAAGUGUUUUUAAGUUUGCCUUGUAUCCUUGGAGCAAGUGGGGUGUCUGAAGUCAUCAAAACCACAGUGAAAGAAGAUACAGUGACUGAGAAACUCCAGAGCAGUGCAUCAUCAAUCCAUGGUCUACAACAACAGUUAAAACUUUGAUUCUAAACUUCAGAGUUACCUUCAAGGAAAGGUUGUUCAAUUUUACGUAUAUAUAUAUAUAUGAUUGUGAACUCCUAUAUCUGAUUAUUUAUCCUUACAAACUGCUUGGUUAAAGUAGGUGGUUUCUUGGUUAACUUUGUAAUUUGAAUCCUUAGGUAAUUAGAUAGGAAGGGGAAAAAAUCUGAUUUUCUUUGUUGUUUUUGAGAUGUCUAUACUGUCCUUUAAACCUACACCAGAGAUGAACAUUGAUCUGCAAUAUGCAUCAUUUUAAAAUUAUGUAUCCUCAGCUAGCACAUUCAGCACUUUGGGAAUAUUUUGAAAAUAACACAUUUUUUAAAGAAAGUUACUCUUUGACUGUUAUAAUAAAUAUGAUAAAGCUGAAGGCCCAGCACAAAUUUACGAAAUCUGUAAACAUUCAAAGGAUCCAUAAUUUAAGCUAUUAAUGUUUCUUCUUUAAUAGACAGUUGGUAGUAAUGGGACUAGAUCAUUUUGUCUUCCCUCUUACAAUUAAUUAGCUACCAAAAAAUGGAAAAUAAUUUUACAUGUACUUUAAAAUAGUAGAAGGGAAAAUGAAAUUUUUUUAAUAUAUGAGUAAAAAGUGUAGUUUAACUUCCAGUGGGACUGUCCUUUCUGGAAUUUUCUAUAACCCUUUCCUGGGCUGUAUAAGAUCUCUGACAUAUCAAGAACUCACCAUAACAUUAGUAGAACCAUAGAGAAAUAUGUAUUUUUAGUGGAAAUAAGUUAUGAAUGAAAGCCCAGCAGUUUACUUUAAAGUUAAAAUGUGAAGCUUUCAUAAAAGCCAUUGUUCUUAAUGGGGAGAGAUUGGAUGGGCUGAGUGUUCUGAGCAAAUCCUUUAACUACUCCUGAAGGAAUUAUUUAGGGUACGUACACUUUGGUGAUGGGUCAAUAACAGUAUCUUCAUAUAUGAAACAUAGCAUAUUAUUAUGAAUGUGACACACAACUAAUAGCAAUAACCAACAUCAGCUCUUCUAAUAUUUCAGGCAGUGUGAUGAUUAUUUUUUAAUCCUCCCAGUAACCCAUUGAGGUAGGGACUAUUAUCAUCAUUUUAUAGAGGAGGAAAUUGAGGUUUAGUGUCCAAGAUCUUAUGACUAAGGACAGUUAACCUUAUAACCUCUACUUUUUCAAAACACUAGAAGAGGGAAAAGGCCUAACAGCCAAAAUAGUUACCACAAGACUCUAAAAGUAGGGUCCCAUGCUCUUACAUUCUCAUGUAGGGGAUUUUUUUUUUUCAACGUGGUUUUUAGAAAGACUGAUUCUCUGAUUUCCCAGACUUGCCCUCAGCAAAUAGCAGAGGGGGUAUGCGUGACAUAGCUGUUUAGUUAUUUAGUCAUUCAGGUAGUGUUGACUGGGAGGCUGCUAUACACCAGCACUAUGUUAGGCACUGCAGAUACAGUGGUGAGCAAACCUGAACUAGGUACAAGCCCUCGUGAUCCUUAUAAUCUAGUAUGGGAGACAUAGUAAUCAAAUCUCACAAAUAAAUGUACAGUCGCAGGUGUAAUAAGUACUGUGAAGAAGUUCCAGGUGCUGUGAAAGCUUAUUAUAGAUGAACCCAAACCUGGUCAGUGAGGUAGGAGCCAGAUGGAUUGUAAGGACAGACACAUCCCUGAAUGUGAGGAAACAGACUAAUGCUGAUUUAGUAUAAUAUUGGAUGCUUACAUUGAUGAGCUUAAAUCAUAAAGAAAAGGUGGAAUUGUAUUGUGUUCCAUGUUUAAGAAAGUAGAAAAGUAUUUAAUAUGUUUGUAAAGAGUUCCACCAGAAUGAACUAGCAUAAAAAUCUUGGACAUUUCAAGAGAUGAACAUCAGUUCUGUGUAAUUUCACUACACAGGUAGAUUAUUUUGGUGUUACUCUGACAGUAUAUCCUCACUGUCCUUUGUAUGAAAUAGGAAAGUAAAACUAAAAGAACCAUUUCUUGUGUUGUUAAACUAGUCUUUUCUAAUAUCAGAUAUCUAAUUAUGCUCUUGAACAAUAAACUAAUUUAAUAAACUAAUAAAUAAGAUACUGUAUAGAUGAAUCACUAAGAAUUCACUACAGUAAUUAUAAAAGGAACAUGUCAAUACAAUAAUACUUAUUGAGUAUCUACUGUUUUUCCAAGUACUCUGUUAGAAUCUGAGUACUCAAAGAUGAAUAAUAGUCCUCGCCCUACAGAAGCCCACAGUAUAGAAGUAAUUCAGAUAUUUCCUUGAGUGUUGAGUAUUAUAAAUCAUGUUGUAACUUCCAUAUGUAAGUCAAGAAGCAGUAUCACCAUCACCUCACUAUGAUUUGGUGAUAAUUUGACAUUUGUGAUCCUUCUGUUAACUUUCACUUUCUCAUCUUUCCAAAAUCAUGCAGUGUCUUGUCUUUGUUAUGGUUUUUAGUUGGGCUUGGAGUAAAAUGCUUCUUUGAUAUUGUAACAGAGAUAAAUAUUUUACUUUCUAAUUUAUAUUGUAGUUAUUCUUAAAUAUCAAGAAUAAUGAACAAAAUAAAGUUUGACUUUAAAAUUAC